AUGGGAUUCUCGCACAUCCCGGUGACCAGCGUGUUUACAGCCGCUAUUCUGUCCGGGAAUCCUUUCAUGGACGUCCCCGGCAAGGCUUUAGUCAACACCUUCCUCCGUCAGGCCAUGUGGAAAUACGGCCGACGAUAUGCCUUCACCUUCAAUGUUUAUCCGUACUUUGAUCCCAACCUGCGCAUGAAUCCUGGUAGCCGAGACGACUGUAGUGAAGCGCUGAAGAGAGCCACCUGCUGGCAAGGAGCCACAUGCCUCGGUCCUGCAAUCAUGAUUGCAGCACGGCGCAAAAUGCAGCAGCUGACUGGAAAUCCGGAUGACCUUUUCUGGAUUGGUGAGAUCGGUUGGUCAUCACCUCGCGCACAGGCACUUCACACAGAGAUGAAGCGCUGCCAGGAGUUUUCCUCGCUCGCGACAUUCCAGACUUUUUACAGCGGCUUUCUGCAGUGGGAUCUUUCCCUCCCGGGCGUGCGUGCCCCGGAUCAUAUCUUUUAUUUUACCCUGCGCGACGCUUUGAACUUUGGCGUCCAGGAAUUCUUUGGCCUUUUGCUUUCCUGCCAGUCGCUGGGAUGCAAGAUCGCAACCCAUGGCUUCGCAGCAGAGGAGUGCGAGCUCCCUCAAAUUGCAAUGCCCAUGUCUUGGAGAACUUGGGCAUUCAUUGCGCUCGGGAUCCUCAUCGCUUGCGCUGCAGCAUCCACGUGCUUAUACGUGCGCUCGCCGCUGGUUCAGCGGGUCGUCCACUGGGCCGAGGCUAAGAAGCCCGGCCGGCGGGGCAUAGCAGAAGAGAUGAGCUCGUCAUCUUCCUCGGAGUGA